CGCAGAGAUAGCCUAAGCUCAAAGCAACGUACUUUCAGCUCGCAAAGGCCCCAAGGUGUUCGACAGGAAAUCAGCCUUCGUGGGGACAAUUUAACCCUCAAUGUUCUGCGGCCGCUAGAGUGGACGUGUCAAUCAGCUGCGUGGUCAAGCUAGCAAUAAGCGUCAAGGAUGUUGGGCAAGACCCUUGCCUGAGCCGGCUUCCAGUUAGCACUGACAUGUAGGUUGCCCGGUGAUGCAUCUCGCUGGAUGCCGACAGGAUCAUAUUCGAGUCGCACGGUAUAAAUCGGUCGACAGAACAAUUAGCUGAGUGCUCGCGACGAGCAGCCAGCGUAUCAAUCAUCAUGGCUGCUUUCAGGAAGGCCCAUCGGCAUCAAGCCUCCUCCCUGGGAACCUUUUUCACCAACCUCGGUACAACCUCUGAAUCCAAGUCACCCGAAUACUUCGAGCCACCUAAGCAAGAUGAACUUCCCGCACCGCCGCAGACACCCUCGAAAGUGCGAACCAAGAAGAGGGUGCCGUGGAAGUUCACCUCUUUGGUCGCCGGCGUGUGCAUCUUGGGAACAGCCUACCUCAUCGUUCGAAUGCUACAAGCGGCGAUUGACAGUGAUCAUCGGACGGAGGCAAUAAGCGAUAAGCUGGCUGAGGAUACGAAGAACGAAAGCCCAGUGAGAGAGUCUGAUGCCUGGCGAUGGGUUAGAGGAGAACCGACAGAGGCAUUCCGAGACAACCUUCUACCGAACUUCAAGUACAUCACCUCCUGGCCCUGUGCAGGCUGGACAAACGACGUCAUGGCGCUCGUCCACUUGAUAUAUCUCGCUCAAUUGACUGAGCGCAUCCCCAUCCUCCCCUCUUUCGCGCCGUCACACCUCGGCCAGGCCGCAGGGCUCAUCCCUGUUAGCGAUGUAUUCAAUCUUCGUCGAUUGAGUGAGAGGAUCCACCUCCCCAUUAUUGAAUGGAGAGAUGUCAAGUCCGCGAACUCGACCAUCGUGGAGGAAAUUGGAUGUUGGAGCCCGUGGAUCGGAGGAGGGCAGAGUAACGGCCAGCCGAGAGACACUUAUCUGCCUGCAGCUCUCGGAUUGGAUAUUUCAUACACGCCAACACCUUAUUCAAUGAAAGUAUACGGAGAGGGCGACUCGCACACACUUUAUGGCCGGCUCAUGCAACUAGGAUUUCCCUCCGGACGCCAUGAAGCACUACAACAAGUCUCUCCACUUCCAGCCCCUACGUCAGGGCGGGCGUUCGAACCGGAUGACAAGUUGCUCUGCUUUGACUAUCUCUACUACACUUCGCUGGACCGGAACUUUGAGUGGUAUUACGAUUGGUCUCCGCAGUGGCGGCUGAUCGGAAGACACAUGGCCUGGGCGCCCACGUUGCAGGCGCUGAGCGAGGAAUAUCUUCGGCGGCAUUUUGGCGUCGAAGCCAAAGGAGAGAUACCCAAGUUCAUAUCUGUACAUGCCCGUAGAGGCGACUUCCACCAUUCGUGUCCUGCAGACGACUGGACCUGUCUACCGAGUAUGGACCAGCUGCGAGAGCGUAUCGAGCAGAUCAGGAACGAAAUCCUGAGGAGAGACGGCGGUUACGUGGAAAAUGUUCUCGUGAUGAGCGACGAGACGGAUGCGGCGUGGUGGGAGGAGGUUAAGGAGAACGGCUGGAGCUGGAUAGACCAUGUUGUGGAAAAGACAGGAGAACGAUAUGGUGUUUGGUACAUUCCCUUGUUGGACGCGGUCUUCCAAUCUUCAGGCGCGGGAUUUGUGGGUACAGAUAGUAGCACAAUGAGCCUUAUCGCGGCGCUCCGUGUGCAAGAUUGGCAUGACGGACCUGUUACGUAUCUGACAUGGAAGGGAUUGUGAGAUUACGGUAGAAAGUCGGUGUAUUUCUUCAAUAACCC